GGGGCAGUAGAGCAACAAGCUUGCUAAACACGACGCUUCUCCGUGGGCAGUGUUGGGCCACUAGCAAACAACUGAAAAAGUGAGGAAGACGGUGAAGGCGCUGGCAGGACAAUAACAGCGGAGUCUGUUUUUUGGAAAUCCUUUUUAUAUUUUUGCCAUGUAUUGUACUUGUCAAUAAUCGUAUGUUUGGCGGGGCUGUGUCCAAACGCGCCGUUUUCACCGUGUACCCGGCAUAUUUCCUCUUUAGUUGGCAUAGAUGAGGAAAGGCAGCCCCGCCUGCAGGGGGGGGAAACAGGACCAUCGAGUUUGCUUCGAGUUAGCAAGCCGUCCUUAAAAGACUGAGCGCAGCAGAAUGACAGAGGAUGCCAUCCUGCUGAGUGUUCCUGUCAUCCGGCAGCUCUACCACUGGGACUGUGGCUUAGCCUGCUCCAGAAUGGUCCUAAAGUACCUCCACCCUUUGAGUGAUGAGGAGUUUCAGAGAGCAUGCUGGGAACUGAAGCUCACAGAGAGCGUGUGGACCAUUGACCUGGCCUACCUCAUGAGCCAUCUAGGAAUCAAACACUGCUUCUACACACAGACUCUUGGAGUGGAUAAAGGCUUUAAAAACCAGUCCUUUUAUAAAAAGCAUUUUGACACAGAGGAAGACCGAGUGAACGAACUCUUCCUAAAGGCGGAAAGCAAAGGUGUGAUUGUCAGGAAGUGUUCAGUGACGGUUCAGCAGAUCCAGUCGCACCUGGAGCAGGGCCACGUCGCCAUAGUGCUGGUCAACGCCGUGAUCCUGACCUGUGAGCUGUGCUCCUCUCCUGUCAAGUACUGCUGCUUCCUGCCCGUGGGCCAGAAGUGUUUCUGCAGGAAGCCGGAGUACCAGGGUCACUUUGUGGUUUUAUGUGGUUUCAACAAGACAGCUGGCAGCAUCUUUUACAACAACCCUGCUUAUUCUGACCGUGUGUGCUGCACCAGUGUCAGUAACUUCGAGGAGGCCCGGCAGAGCUAUGGAACAGACGAGGACAUCCUCUUCAUCUACAAGGAGAGUUGAUGGACGCCAAAGGAGGAUGCCAUCGUUUUUUGUGUCAUGGUGACGCUGCAGGUCUGCCCUCUAGUGGCUCAACAUCUCCUCCUUCGUUUGUAAAUAAAGACACGUCUGACCGAACGUCUGAGGACGUCCCAGCUCGAAGGGCAACUUGAUUUCAAGGGGAUGGUCUUCGACCAAUGGGACGGUCCAGUUUGUUUUUAUUUUUAAAGACUUUGAUUCCGGGAGUCGACUUCUAAUCUGGUGAAAAUGUGGGGAACCUGGAAUAUGACUUAACAGGAAGUAACGUGCAGAUAAUUUAGGGUUUCUAUUGAAAACAUGCAGCAUUGUGUGCCGGCUGUGUUUGAUGUGAAGCUGCUCAGUCCUCCACAUGCCUUCAAAAGCCUCCACGGCAUCGAGGAAGAGGAGUCCACAAACGGAGGAAAACGGUUAACAGGUGUUUUUGCGAGUCUCAGGUAAACAGUAAAGCAAACAGCAGCGCUUCGUCAAUGCAACAAUCACUACAGUGAUAAAUCCCAAGAAGAUAUUCGUUCAGAGCAAACUGCUUGCUGUGUUUGUUCCAUCGCCAUGGUAACGCACAGUAAAAAAACAGUGUUGUGCUGGUCCAGCUGUCAACAUCAGGUCAUAUCCUCACCGUCUCAACUUCAUUUUUUGGUUUAAAAAAAAGGCUAAUGUCUGUUUUUUGCACUACAAUUUUCAUACAAAACACAAUAGUGUUAUUUAAAGAAAAACAUGCUUUUCUAGAUCUAUAAAAUGUCGACUUCCUCUAGCUCUGCUUUCUGCUGGAAAACAAACGGCACAUUUGAAACCUUUCCUUUUUAAAUAAACAUAGAAAUAUAUUUGCUUUAUUGUGGAAUUAAAAUAUUUGGAAUCUUUAGUUUCCUCCUCUCUGAAGUGAAUAUUGAAGUCUUACUGUUUGUUCUUCUGUUUAAUUUCAAUUAAGGGAAUAAACUAUGAAUGGGCUGUUUUUCCUAAAUAAAUUUGUUUUGUUUUUUUUGUUAACAUCA